ACUGACACCAGGCCAGUGAUCUCCCCUCAGGAUCUGUGCACUGUCUGUGAACAGCAGAGAGACAAUAAAAUCCUUUCGGCCAUUCAUCAAGCUCUGAGCUGGAGCAGCACAGAAAUUUUGGAGCGGCCCCAGAGCCUCCGGCUGCACACACACAGCACAUCAGCUCGUCUGAGGGUCCUCACUUCAUCUGAGUCCGGAGCAAAGGGACCUGAUUCUGGGGGAAAUGUCUCCAACAGAGCAGCAGCCGACCGGACCACAGACACUGACUUCAGCUAAAUGAGAACUGGAAAUGUUGCUGAGGGGAAACCUGAGGAGAGGAGCGGGGCUUUGCCUCCUGCUGCUGUCUCUCGUACACGAGGCCACGAGCCAGAGACCAAAGUCAGGACGCAGGAGCAACUACAGGCUGCACGAUGAUGGCGGAGGAGACGGUCCAUGUUCCCUGGAGGUGGCCUUCAUCCUGGACAGUUCUGAGAGCGCAAAAACCCUCCUGUUCGAGAAGCAGAAGGCCUUCGUCCUGGGCUUCAGCACCCGGCUCUCCAUGCUGCAGGUGGCAGGCUGGACGCUGAAGGUGCGAAUGGCCGUGCUCCAGUACAGCAGCUCCGUGUCCAUCGAGCAGCCGUUCUCCGCCUGGAAAGACCUGGAUUCUUUCCACGGUCAGGUCAGCGCCAUGAACUACAUCGGCCACGGCACCUACACCACCUACGCCAUCACCAACGCCUCGCAGCUGCUGGUGCAGGAGACGCCGGCACACAGCGUCAGGGUCGCCGUGCUGAUGACGGACGGGGUUGACCAUCCCCGCAACCCUGAUGUGAUCGCAGCUGCGGCAGAGGCCAAAGGUCACGACCUAAAGAUCUUCGCUGUGGGGUUAUCGGACAUCGGCCAGCAGAGUCAGAACAACGCCAAGCUCCGGGCCGUUGCCAGCUCACCGGCCCAGCAGUUUGUCCAGAGUCUUCUUGAUGCUCAGCUGGAGGAGACGCUGCUGAAGGAGAUGGCUGCAGUCGCAUCAGAAGAAUGUCCACAACCCCAUGUGUGUUUGUGUGAGAGAGGAGAGAGGGGUCCUCCUGGAAGUCUGGGUAGAAAAGGAGACCCAGGCCUCAGAGGGCCACCGGGUGUAAAAGGAGCGAGGGGGGAGUCUGGAACGAACGGCCGACCUGGAAGUGACGGUCCAGAGGGUCUUCCAGGUUACAAGGGCAAUAAGGGCGAGAGAGGAGACUGUGGCACUCCGGGGGAGAAGGGGGAAACUGGACCCGAGGGACUUCCAGGCCCACAAGGCUCACAGGGAGAACAGGGUUCGGUGGGACCAGCAGGAGACUCGGGUCCUGAGGGACCAGAGGGACCUAAAGGAGACAGAGGAUUCAUGGGAGUUCCCGGAGCCCAAGGGGAACGUGGUAUUGGAUUCCCAGGAGCCAAGGGUGAAAAAGGUAACGAUGGAAGACCGGGUCCUACAGGUCCUGUCGGGAUCGGAGAACCAGGACUCCCAGGUCCUCUAGGACAAUCUGGAGCACAAGGAAACCCUGGACCACCUGGAGAGGGGUUCGCAGGACCAAAGGGGGAUCGAGGACAUCAGGGUCCCAGAGGCGUUCGUGGGCUUCCUGGAGUUGGGGUCAAAGGUGACAAGGGCAGCCUGGGACCUCCUGGGAUUCCGGGUGCACUCGGUGCUCCUGGUUCAGGACCUCAAGGAGAAAAGGGGGAUCAAGGCCCAGUUGGACCCACAGGACCCAGAGGAGCUCUAGGUAUCGGAAUAACAGGACCUAAGGGGAUUCAGGGACUCACGGGUGAACCUGGUAUGCCGGGCGAGAGAGGAGUGGGACAACCAGGACCGAAGGGUGACCCGGGGGCUGAGGGGUUAGCAGGUAUACCAGGUCAACCAGGAGAGGAUGGAACCUCGGGACAAAAGGGGGACCUCGGGUUACCGGGCCCCAGGGGACCUGACGGGGCUCCAGGUAAAGGUGCUCCUGGAGACAAGGGAGACAGAGGGGAGCGGGGGAGCAGAGGUCUGUCAGGUGCAGUUGGUCCUGUGGGACCGAUGGGGCCAAAGGGGGAACCAGGUUUUACUGGGAGAGCGGGUUCAACUGGACCUCCAGGGAGAGGGAUACCUGGAGCCAAGGGAGAACCGGGUCCACAGGGUCCAGCUGGAGCCGUGGGAGAACCAGGGAUCGGUUUAACUGGACCCAAGGGUGACAGAGGAACACCAGGACCGGCUGGUUCCCCUGGACUAAACAGUGACGGCUUCCCCGGUCUUCCAGGACUUCCGGGGCCUCCUGGGUUGAUGGGAGAGACCGGAGCAGAGGGCGUCGGUUUACCAGGACCAAAGGGGGACAGAGGAUUGCCGGGACCCUCUGGGCCUGCAGGGCCUCCAGGAAUCGGUCUGAUUGGUCCUAAGGGUUCAGCUGGUCAGAUGGGACAAGCAGGUCCACAGGGGUUAACUGGAGAGGGAAUCCAAGGACAAAAGGGGGAGCCUGGAUUUCAGGGGGUCCCCGGCCCCAGAGGUCCUCCUGGACAGGGUCUACAGGGGAGCAAGGGGGACCGAGGCCUCCGAGGUGAGAAGGGCAAAGGGGGAGACAGAGGGGAAGCUGGAAAACCAGGAUCCGUCGGACCUUUGGGCAGAGCGGGACAGAAGGGAGAGCCUGGACUUACAAGGGAAGAAAUCAUCAGAAUUGUGAGAUCCAUAUGCAGUUGUGGAGUGACCUGCCGUCAAACCCCCUUGGAGCUGGUCUUUGUGAUUGACAGCUCAGAGAGCGUCGGCCCCGACAACUUCAACGUGAUCAAAGACUUUGUGAAUGCCCUGAUCGACCGGGCCUCGGUCGGCCGAGACACCACGCGAGUCGGCGUGGUCCUCUACAGCCACAUCAACACGGUGGUGGUCAGCCUGGAGCAGGUGGCCACCCCUGACCAGAUCAAGUCUGCGGUGCGCUCAAUGACCUACAUGGGCGAGGGCACUUUCACCGGCAGCGCCAUCCAGCAGGCCAACCAGGUGUUCAGGGGGGCGCGGGCAGGCGUGAGGAAGGUGGCCAUCGUCAUCACAGACGGUCAGGCUGAUAAGAGGGACUCGGUCCCGCUGGAGAGGGCCGUGGCAGAAGCUCAGGGGAGUAACAUCGAGACGUUUGUGGUCGGGGUGGUGAACCAGAGCGACCCCCUGUACCAGGAGUUCAAGAAGGAGCUCAGCCUCAUGGCCUCCGACCCCGACAGCGAACACGUGUACCUGAUCGAUGAAUUCAAGACUCUGACAGCUCUUGAAAAGAAACUGCUGAGUCGUAUCUGUGAAGACAGAGAGAGCCAUUUGUUCAGCUCCAUCCCGAGCUCGGGACAUCCUCCAGGAGUCCCUGAGACAUCUGGGAACGUCCGCCAGCCCCCGCACAGGACGGACACGGACACGCCCACCUUCACAGGAGACCCCAGGAGAGUUCAGAUAGCGCCCGGCCCUCCAGGCUCUCAGCUCGACAGAGAGUCCGUCUCUCCGCAGAGACCCAAGCCGGACGCCAGGACCCCCACAGAAGCCCAGAGGUUUCCGUUCUUCGACUGGGAGCCUUUCAGACCAGUGACAGAGCUCCUCCCUCGGUUUGAGGUGAAGGACCCCUCAAUCCGAGUGGAGACGAACGGAGCCGUCGGGCCCGCCGGUCCCACUCUGAAGCCCGAGGAGAAGAUACCACUGCCGUCACCACAGACUCCCCCGCUGGUGACCUCCGACACAGGCGUAUCAGCGGAGCGGUGCAGCCAGGUCCUGGACCCGGGCCCGUGCCGAGACUACGUGGUGAGGUGGUACUACGACGCCAACGCCAAUUCCUGCGCUCAGUUCUGGUUCGGAGGUUGUCGAGGAAACAACAACAAGUUUGAGAGCGAGAAGAGCUGCAAAGAAACCUGCGUCAAGGUCUAACACGACGACACGUUCACUAACGAACUUUAACCAAGUUCACCGACAAAGAUAGUGAUCAGUGAUAGUGAACGGUACAAAUGCAUUUCAGUUUUCUCUCCACUAGUGUGUUGUAAAGCUUUUUUUCUGUGUAUGUAAAAUAUCUGUAAAGUUAAAAAGGCCCAAGUGUUAAAUGGUAAAGGGACAAAAACCUCGUGAGUAGUUUGGCUUUAAAGAGACAGGAGCUCGAACCAAGUGUUCGAGACAGAGGCUGAUGAGAGGAGCUGCAGCGAUGAGUAUAAGGAAAGUGAUGUUUUCUGAACAUUAGAGAAUUUAAACCUUUUCAAGUGAUAACACUGAUUACGAUCAUGAACCUAAUUAUGGGCAGAACGUCUCCUUUCAAUAAAAUUAGCCAAAGAUAAAUCUUUAGGGGUUUUUUUGUAUUAAUAGUGUGAAAAAUGUAAUGUGUUGAGCAGUUGUGUAAAAUAAAACUAAACUUUUUAACCACUAACAUUUCUAUUCAGGAGAGUAACCAUUUUGUAUAAUUCAAUAAUGUAUUUUUUUUUUACUUAAUGUCUUAAUUUUUUUGAUAAUGUGUAAUGUCAUUAAAGGAAAAUUAAAUAAAGCAAAUAUAGGUUUUGU